UGAGGACGCACGCUGCUCCAGCCCGAACACACCCGUUCCCUGUCUCGCACGCCCGCACACACGCCCAUACACACGCCUGCACAUACAUACACGUACACCUGUCCGCACACGUCACAUUCUCUCUUUCUCCGUCCGUGGGGCUUAAUCUCGCCCUCGACCUCUGCUCGCCGACGCCACUGCAGGUGGAGGUGCCACCGCCGCCUCCCUCGCAAGCGGUGGGCGCGGGCGUCCUCGUCCUGUGUGCGGGCUCCUCCAGCACCAAGAGCGUCACCUGUACCGGGUCCUGCCGCGCCCCGAGGAUUCCCGGACCGUCGCCGUGCAUCAUGCAGGCGAGAUGAUACCUGGUGCCACGACCUGCAGGUGAAGCACCGCCUCUGCUCUACCUGUGCCUGUGGCGUGCGGGCACCCACUCCACCGCCCGGGACGCCCAUCCCGCUGAACGACCGCCGCCCACUUUUACAUACGCCCAGAACGUGCCAUGUCGCCCGUGGCUCUUCCGGCAGGGCUCCAAGGACCUUCCCCAGGCCCCGUUGGCACUUCUAACAAGUAGCCUGCGAGUGAGUGGCCUUCUGAACGAGUGGCCCUCCAAGCAAGUGGCCCGCGCACUCAGCAGCGCCUCCAAGAGAACGGGAAACAGGGUCCUCCUCCCUCUGAAGUGUGACCCUGGUCGCGGACCGGCCGGAGAGAGGUCCGGCAGACCCUGGGUGCCAGACAGGGUGACGAGUGAUCCUCACGGCAGGGGAGCCGGGGAGGGUGACCCGUGCCGGCACUUAGUGUGUCGUUGUGGUUGUUGUGGUUGUCGUCCGGUAGUGGUGGUGGAGAGCCCCAUCACAGCAAGACAGAAGGAGGGUUGCCUGCCAUGCCGCACCUGCCAGUGCCUCAGCCCCGCCACUACUACUAUUACUACGCACUGUCCAGAGGCAACUUGGCGUGCGUAAGGCGUAAGCAUUCCCGACACUGAGGCCUUCUCCCACACAGUGGCACUGCUGGGAGCGUUGCCAUUGGCUCCUUGGUGCCAGAGAUUAUCAUCGGCCGAGAGAAAGAUUUUCCUUUUAAAGGUUAUACACUUUCAGCGAGAAACAAGAGUGCCCAAAGAGACACAUGAUCUUAUAGAUCCACAAGUGCUUGAGCAUCUGGACGCUACAUGAAACUUGCAUUCCCGAGCGCGUCGUGUCGUGUGACCCGAUGAGAAGGCCGCACGACCAUCCCUCUGAUGCUUGGCUGCGACUUCCCCGAGUGUUUCCCCAUUACUGCCUUUCCCAGGACCCCCGCGAGCGCCUUCCCGUGAGUCCCUCCCGGCAUGGCCCGCCCCGCAAGUCCUUGUCGCUUCGCCGUCGUGAGAUCCUUCCAAGAGUUCUCUUCACCGCGUGAUCCUCGAACGGCAGGAAGAGUUUAGCAAGGACAUCCCCCUUACUCAAGAAAAAUCCUACCCUUUCUCCCUCAGCAAAUACGUAUAAUCUGCCAGACGAAAGGCUCUUAAAAGAGUCUUGGCAUCACAAGGGAGUCCUGCUGGAACUUGUCGUUCUCGCCCUCCCCCCUCUUCCGUACCGCGUCCGUCAAGAUUUGUAUACUGACUGAAGUCUAAGCGCACGACGAUGUGACAUAAGGCCUACCGCGUGUUGUGGGCGUCGAGGCGCGCUCAGGCCUCCUCCAACACCCCAACCAUCACCACCACCACCAUCACCGCCACGCCCCCAGCCACCGCCUCCGUCGAGGAAGACAACGCAGACCCCAAGAGACGCGAGAGCAAGGGCGCCACCGAGAGCUGCAUCAGCCCCGCCGCGGCCGCCGCGAGCAGCCCCGGUUCGAACACGAGCCCUACGAGCACCACCACCGCCACAAUCUCCCACACGGUGAAGAUGCUAAGUCCCAAAAUGCAGCGCACGAUCAGAAUUAACGAGAACCAGGUGCUCAUGCUGGCGGAGAAGGCGAGGCAUGACCACAACUACUCCGGCUACCUCUACAAGCGAUCCUCAGACUCCAACAAGUGGCAACUCCGAUGGUUUACACUUUACCAGAACCUGCUCUUCUACUCGGAAGGGGAAUCGAGCGUAAAACCUUCAGGUGUGAUAAUGCUCGAGGGUUGCUAUUGCGAGCGACUUAUCACCACCAACACCAACACGAAAAAUAAGGACACGGACAAGCAGUUCUGCUUCGCCAUCACCUACCGCCGUGAGAACCAGCGACAGUAUGACCUGAAGGCGGAGACAGAGGGCGAAUGCAAGGCCUGGAUCGACGUCAUCCGACAGGCGUCCUUCAACAAGCUCCUGCUGCAGAAGGAAGAGCUGGAGCAGAAGCACUUGCACCUUCUACAGAUCGUAGAGAGCGAGAAGACGGCCAAAUGGCAGUACACACAGCAGUGCGAGGAACUCACUUCGGAAAUCAAGAAACUGAGAGCAGAGUUAUGCACGCUGAAGAAAGAGUGGCGGGUGGUUCCCUCGCGGCGGCUGGAGGACCUUCCCGAGGACUCCGAAGAGAUAAAGAAGAUUAAGAAAGUGCAGAGCUUCUUCAGGGGCUGGCUCUGUCGACGGCGGUGGAAGCAGAUCGUCGAGGAAUAUAUCCGCUCCCCACACGCAGAGAGUAUGAGGAAGAGGAACAGCCUGGUGUUCCGGAUGGUCGAAGCGGAGGAGGAAUACGUUGAGCAGCUGAACCUCCUCGUGUCCUGCUUCCUUCGGCCCUUCAAGAUGGCGGCGUCGUCGAAGAAGCCUCCCUGCAGCCACGAGGAUGUGAACAGCAUCUUCUUGAACUCGGAGACGCUGCUGUUCCUCCACCAGAUCUUCCUCAAAGGACUCUCGGCCAGGAUGGAGAGCUGGCCGACGCUGGUGCUUGGGGACUUGUUCGACAUGCUGCUGCCAAUGCUGAGUAUCUACCAGGAGUACGUGAGGAAUCACCACUACAGCCUGCAGGUUCUGGCUGAGUGCAAGCAGAAUCCUCACUUCGGGGCCUUCCUCAACCGCCUGGAGAACAAACCCAACCUGCAGGGACGCACUCUCGAGACCUUCCUCACGUAUCCAAUGCAUCAGAUCCCGCGGUAUAUCAUAACGCUGCACGAGUUACUGGCCCACACCCCACACAACCACGUGGAACGCAAGAGUCUGGAUCAUGCAAGGAUGCAGUUGGAGGAUCUCUCUCGCCAGAUGCACGACGAGGUGAGCGAGACGGAGAACAUCCGGAAGAACCUGGCCAUCGAGCGCAUGAUCGUGGAGGGCUGCGACAUCCUGCUGGACGUCAACCAGAUGUUUGUCCGUCAGGGUAAGAAGCCGGCAGCCGCCGCCGCUCUCAGUUCCUGCUUCCCGAAGGAGGCCGUCCCCUCCUUCCCGCGCAGGUCCAUCGACUUCCCGCGCAAGACCACCGACCUUUUCACCUCGGAGGACGGAGAGGAGGCAGGAGCGACGCCUCGCUCUCAGCGCUCGCACUCCACCGUAUCCUACAUGUCCCGCGAACAACAGAUAGCCACUUUUGGCAACCGCCGCCGCCUUUCAUCGCUACGGCAGAGCUCCAUAGGUGGGAUGAUGCCGGCGGCGGCGGCGGCGGCUGCGGCGGCGGCCAGUAGUUCGGGCUCGGCGGGAGCGUCCAUGGUACGACACACGCUGAGCCUCGGGGCCUCGCCCCUGUCACCGCCUCAGCCCGACUCCGGCCGCCGCGCCUCGGACAUCCCCAGGAUCCGUAAGAAGAGUGUGCGCAUCUCUGACGAAUCCUUCGACGAGUGCGAGGAGCUGGCGGCCUCAGGCAGCUCCUCCCAGCUUGGCCCCUCCGUCUUCACGCCCUCGGCCACGCCCAAUUCUUCGCCCGAGGAUCAGGAAGCAGGCGGAGGAGGAGCUGGAGCUGGAGGAGCCGCCCGAGCCGCCGGUCUCACGCCCGUGGAGGAGCGCUCGUCUCUCGAUUCCGGGGAAGACCCGCGACAGUGCCAGUGUCAGGUGCGGGCUGCCGCCGACCCUUCCGUGCUGCCCUUGUUGAUCCUCACGUUGCUGCCAAGCGAUGGCGCCAGGUACCCCUGCCCCAACCCCAUCUUCCCUGUCGAAGGCCCAGACCCGUCACAACUUUCCACUUUUGUACGUGACCUCCGCCGACCGUGCUCCAAGCCGCUGCUGUUCGGUGGCCUGGCUUCCUCUCAGCCACAACACCACCGUGACCUCCACAGCAAUGGAGAUGCCUUCACGUCCUCAUUACUAUGUUCUAAAGUUUCUAGUGGUGGUGGUUACACUCAUAUCAGUACUCUGGUAUUGAGCUCUCGAACAGAGCUGUCACCUCGAGGCCUCAUCUCCUGUGUACAUGCUAGACAAGUGCCAUUUUUAGGAGUCUCAGUUCUCCUGAUGGCCGAACGAAGCGAUAAGUCAGUCACAACUAUUAAUGGUAAUCUCUCCGAUGUUUAUUUGUCUAAGGUUGUAAUCAUAUCUUCUCUGUCGAAGGUUCCGAAGGUUCCUGUUUAUGCUAGCGACUCCUCGGCUCUAAGAACAAAAAAUACGGGAUUUUUUCUAAAUACUAAUAUGUUGACAAUGGACAAUGAUCAGCUGAUUCCUGCACAAAGGUUCUCAUCUCAGUCAAGUUUCAGCUCUGCCGUUGACUUCAGUCGUCUUAAAGAUAAAAUGAAAGUAAGCACACAGUCACAAGGGUUUGCGUACGACACUCAAAAACUACUGUCCGACCUACAGUACAAUAUGUUGUCAUAUGAACGCGUAAUUAGGGAUUACAAUAAAAGCCAGUCGGUCCCAUUAGAGAAGCUCCGUUCGCUGAUCCAAGUUCUGGGAGACCGACCGCGUCCUGUGAAGACCCGCCUCGGUCAGUUCAAGAGCGAGAAGGAGGCGGUGCGGCAGUGCUUCCUCUUCAGCAAUCAUCUGAUCGUGGCCACGCGGACGUCGGGAGGAAAGCUCCACCUGGUCGCCAACGUGGGAAAAGUCCCUCUCAACGACGCCACGCUUAUCGAAGACCCUACUGAACAGGUUACUCAGGACGAUGAUGGCGAAUCUGCCUCCGUGUGCUCGCUUUCGUCCCAGAGUAGCGGAGUUAGCGAUAGUUCAGCUGCUACAAGUAGCGGUUCCGGCCCGGGCAAGAACUUCCCGGUGGAGCAAGCCAAUCUGGACUUUAAGAUCAUCGUGGAACAGAAGAGCGGCUCUCCCAUUACACUCCACCUGGUCGCGCCCACGAUGCAGGAAAAACAAGCUUGGAUCAGUGAUAUCAGUCAGUGCCUUGACAAUGUACACUUCAACAACCUCUUCAGGUCAUCAAUGUCAGACACGUCGUCCGUGACAAUGCCACACUUCAUCAAGAAUGACCCUAAGCUCUUCAAGGAUGACAUUGACAUUCGCUUCUCUAGGACCCUCAAUUCGUGCAAGGUAUCCCUCCCAGCACCCUCUUUUUUGCGUGUAUCAUACCGUAGAGCCACCCUGGUCAUUUUCUAUUGUCUUGGUUACUACUGUAUACUUGAAGCAAUACUGUUGAUCCAUGUACCAGGACUCGGCAUGAAUAAAGGUGGCUACAGUUACAAUCUGGGCACACUGCUGGAUCACAGGGUAUUUAUGGUUUAA